UAAUGUCGGUAACUGGAAUAUUAAUACAAAUGUUUUUUAUGAAGAAAGAUUUUGCGUGAAGUGUUGAAUUUUUUUACCAAAAUCAAGUGUAAUAUACUUAUACGACUUGAUGCACGGAUGUAAUUUGUUUUUUAAAUUUCGUAUCGGAUACAUUUUACAUUCCAUGAAAAUUUUCGACAUUUCUAUGGAUUUACAUAACCACAAAGGUUCGGCAGUUCGAAAACUGGCAUUAGCGCAAAUUAGAUUGAUUAAUUCGCUGGUUUUCGUAUUAAUUGUGUUGACUGGUUAUACGUUUGAAUAUUCUUCCGCAAUCAUGUCCCUUAAUCCAGUGGUUAUAUCUUCAUCUGUUAAACAAUCGGCAACUGUUAUAUUUCUUCAUGGUCUUGGAGAUUCAGGAAAUGGCUGGGCAGAAGCAAUGACACAAAUAAGACAGCCAUACAUGAAAGUGAUAUGCCCAUCAGCGAGUCCAAUGCCAGUAUCUUUAAACCAAGGUUUCCGUAUGCCUUCAUGGUUUGACUUAUUUACUUUAGACGAAUCAGGUCCAGAAGAUGAAUGUGGAAUCAAAGAAGCUGCAAAAUUAGUUCACUCACUUAUUGAUCGUGAAAUUGAAACUUCCAAUAUACCAUCAUCUCGUAUUGCCCUUGGUGGUUUUUCUCAAGGUGGAGCUCUUGCUUUGUAUUCAGCUUUUACUUAUAACAAACCAUUAGCUGGAGUUAUGGCUUUAUCUUGUUGGAUACCAUUACAUAAAACUUUUCCAGCUGCUGCUGUAGGUAACAAAAAUAUGCCCAUAAUUCAGUGUCAUGGAGAUUGUGAUCCAAUUGUACCAUUAAAAUGGGGCCAGUUGACUGCAUCUAUUCUUAAGUCUUUUGCUAAAAAUACCGAAUUGAAAACAUACAGAGGCUUGAUGCACAGUUCAUCUGAUACGGAAUUAAAGGAUCUGAAGAAAUUCUUGGAAACAGUCCUUCCUCCAGUGUGAUUCAUCUUAUCAUUUUAACAUAAUUAUAUUCAUUUAUAUUGUUGACACACCUAGCAUGUGAAUUUAAUAUUUACCUUUAUUGUAGUGUACCUAACUGAAAGUCUCAUUAUAUGAGAUGGUACUUUCAUUGCUGCAUUUAGUGUAAAUAACAUAAAAAUCGGUACUUAUUGGUUGCAUCAUUAUUUACUGUUAACAUUAAAAAGCCAAUACAAUAUGUGUAUUAUCUUUUUAACAGUAAAUUCCGAACAAAUUAAUUUUGUUUGUAAUACCAGUGAAUA